UUUCUAGUUCUCUAUUGUCGUAGUAGUUUUCAAAUAUAGAAAUGGCUGCUGCAAAGAGAACUUGAAUAAUAGUUUGUGCUGUGAGUGGGAAAUAGUAGUUAGCAAAAACUGCAGCGUAGAAUUUAAGAGGUUAGGAAACCUGUGUUCCAGGUCCCCGCUAUGCCGGCUGCCAGAGAUUGCCUUAGCAAGGCGGUGUCAACCACUGCCGACUAUGAUAUGUCGGCUGCGACAGAGCUGAUGUUGACCUCGUCCUGGGACAGAACAGCUAGACGAGGUCUCAUGAGGUUACUAUCAGCUGACUUUUUUCUACUGUCUGCACUUUCAGUCAUCGUGCCUGUUCACAAUAGCGAACGUUGGCUAGAUGAAUGCUUAAAGUCAGUUUGGGAACAAGAUUUUAAACAAACCAUGGAGCUGUCAAUUUUUAAUGAUGCCAGUAAGGACGGUUCAGCUGAAAUCAUUGCAAAAUGGAAGAGUAAGUUGGAAGAUGCUGGUAUUCCAGUAAUUGUUGGUACUAAUGAUUCAGCUCAGCCUCGAGGAGUUGGAUUUGCUAAAAAUCAAGCAAUAAUACAGAGCUCAGGAACCUAUCUCUGCUUUCUGGAUUCAGAUGAUGUGAUGAUGCCACAGCGGGUUAGACUGCAACACGAAGCUGCCAUUCAACACCCAAACAGUAUUAUUGGUUGCCAAGUCAGAAGAGAGCCACCGAAGUCUACUGAACGAUACACUCGUUGGAUCAAUAAUCUGACUGAAGAGCAACUUCUUACACAGGUGUUUACCUCCCAUGGGCCAACUGUCAUCAUGCCAACCUGGUUCUGUUCUCGAGAAUGGUUUUAUCACGUGGGAAAAUUUGAUGAGGGGGGAAAGGGUGUUCCAGAAGAUUUGUUGUUUUUCUAUAAACAUCUCCAAAAGGGUGGUGAAGUCCUUCGAGUGAACCAUUGCCUUCUGCUGUACCGUUACCAUCCACAGGCUGCAACUCAUUCUGUCCUUGAAGAAACCAUCUGGAACCACCGAGUCAGGUUUCUUGAGGACAGAGUCCUGAGCUCCUGGACAUCAUUCACCAUUUGGAAUGCUGGCAAGCAAGGCAAGAAGCUCUACAGAAGUUUGUCACCAGCUAAUCGAAUAAAGGUAACUGCAUUUUGUGAUGUCGAUGAAAAGAAAAUAGCAAAAGGAUUCUACACUUUUGAAGAAUCUGAGGAGAGACCAAAACCAAAAAUUCCUAUAUGUCACUUCAGAGAAGCAACUCCACCUUUCAUUAUCUGUGUGAAGCAGGUCACGCUGCUAACAUACAAAAACCCCCGUGAGUGUAAGGAUGCUUCUUGUGUAGAGAAACAAAUGUGAAGAUGCAACACAAGCCACGGAGCUGGAGUGUCCUAAUGGAACCACUUCUGUGUUGUGGGGAAUUGCUGGAAGCUGACGUCAGGCAGAUCUAGCUGCAGACUCUUCAGUGAUUUGCUUAAACAGAAGUCAUUAACAAGCUCAUAAACAUCCCAGACUUCCGAAUUUAUUGUUUACAAAUAUAGACUCCUCAACAUCCUUCUGAAGAAGUGUUCUGGGCCUUAUUGUUGUUUGUUUUCCCUUUCAUGGUCGAGAAUUAUUUUUAGUAAUGACACAGACAAAACCUGCAUGUUUAUAAGCAGCUCUAAGAGGGUAAUUUUGAAGAUUAGAUAUGUUUAUUAAGUGGGUUGUCUGCAAGAAUUGACUGUGGCCGUGUACUUCAAGCACUGUUUGCUUAUUUAUUUUCUCUGGCAGUUCCUCCUAGCGUGGCAUUACUUUGUUGCCAUGUAAAAUCAUUUCAGUAAAAGCAAUUGAUUUUUAGUUCAGCUUGCAAGAAGCUUUAAAAAAUGGCUUCACAAAGGGCUGUAGCUGAAAUUCAGUGCUCUGGGUGUGUGUGUGUUUCAAAGCUUUUACUCAGGAGCAUGAAAUCAUGGCUUUAGCUCGUCAGAGCUGUGCAGCAGCCUGCAGUACCACUUCACCUAAGGGCCUGCACUGUGUGUUUCCUCUUGCUUUGAGGUCAAAGCAAAAUGCUUAGAAAUCACUUAUUGUACCCUGUUUUGGCAUGGCUUCCAAGUGCUUGAAAUGAAAGGGAUUUUCUACUGUUCUGCCUCAGUAAUUAAACUAGUUCAAUUGUGUAAAGUUUUCAGUAAAUUUACUGUUAGACCAGUUAUUGUAAAACGCUGCCUUGUUCUGUCACCUCAGACUUGUGGUCUGGGAAUGAAAGGUUUGUUUUUAACUCUUCUGCUUAAUUUAGCAUCUGGGCUCUUCUUUUAUUUUCAUUUUUAACCUUUCUUCAGAGCAGGUUGAUUUUUCAGCACGCCAGACAGAACUGUUUCAUACCUUAUGUCCAAAUUUGGGUAAUCUUGGUUUUAUGAAAUCAUUAGAGGACACUAAAGGUCGUGAUCAAGACCUGCAUUUCUAAGUAGAAUUCUCUGUUGAUGUGAGUGGUAAGUGUUGCACUUGGACCAGUGGAAGGCUGGGAUCUUAACUGAAUUGCAAAACCAGGACCCAGUCCUUCAAAGUACUGAAAGUACUGUGAAGUAUUCUUAAUAUCAAGAGGUUAAAAAAAACAACCAUAAAUACUCAACAUAUUCCCACUCAGGGCCUUACUGCUCAGCUAAGACAUUGGUUACUUAGGUAAAGUGGAGCUCUUGCUCUAAAAAUCUGCUACCAUGAGACCUUUUCUCAAGUUAUUCAUUAGCUGUUAUCAUUGUUCUUUUUAAUUGUUU